ACUCCUGUCUGGGCACUGCACCUGUUCUGACUUGUCGGCCAGGUGGAGGGGAUCCUCUAGCCUUGCGCUGUUUUUUCAGCUGACCCUGGCUUCGGGGUAAUUAGGAACCCUGUCUAUUAAUUUGACUGGAUUACUGCUUUGCUUUGCAUCUUUUCUUUCCGUCUGUCUCUACAACCCACCUCCCUUCCCUCCCUGUGUAUCUCUACCCCCCUCCCACUCCAUCUCUUGUCUAGAGCAGUCUGAGGCUGGCUGACACUGUGGCUGUGUGGGUAUGUGUGGAGUUGCAGAGGUUUCCCUUCUCGAGUAAAAGUGUGGAUCACAAGGAAAGAGCACACAAGGGGGCCUAAGGGUGAAAUUUAACCUUCUGGCAAUUAAACUGGAGUGAGUGUUGAGCGGUUGUACAAACUCCAAACCAAAGGAUUGUGCGAGUUGGAAGAGCAGCAGGUAUGAAGAUCCAGGCUGUGACUGCGUCUGCGGCUCUGCUGGCCCUGUGCUGCCUGCUGAUGAUCCCUAGAGGAGGAGAGAGCGCCGGGGGAAUAGUUUCUCUCCGGCAGGCUGGGGAUCAGCUGCGAGACGAAUCGCCGGAUGACCCAGAAAGAGAGCAAGGACUUGUAGCAGACUUACUCCCAGAGGAGGGUGGCAUCAAGACCAAGAGAGAAGCAGAAGCCAACCAGGCAGAUAUUUUAGGCCGGGUGAGGAGGGCACCUGAUGAAGACAAGAAGAAAAAGAAGGACAAGAAGAAGAACAAAGAGCCAAAAGACCCCAAAGCCACCAAAAAGCCAAAAACCGACAAGAAGGGAAAGAAGAAGGACAAGAAAACAACAACCACAACUUUGCCCCCGACCACAACAACGAUCCCAACGGAGCCACCCACCGAACCAUAUACAGAUUACCCCUAUCCCGAUGCCGAAACUGAUUACUGGAGCCCAGAAGAUGACUACUGGGGUCCUGAGCCCACACCCUCCAGGCCAAAGCCUGAGGCUGCGAUCACAGAUCCCCCAUACGACUACUGGAAGCCAGACGCCCCCAUAACAGAUGCCUAUGAAGACUACUUUAAACCAGAUGAGGAAGACCCAGCUGCUCUUGUAACAUAUGCCUACGAUGACUAUUGGAAACCAGCAGAGAAAGAAGUGCCCACUUCAGCGCCUGCCAUCUACGAUGAUUACAUGAAACCAGACGAGACAGACCUCUACACCUCUGUGACCGAUAACUAUGACAGCUACUGGCAAGAAGUAAACCCAACGCCUGCUGCCCCUGAUACAAAGCCUGGAACAGAUGACAGCGAUUACUGGGAUGCCACAUAUGAGGUGCAACCGUCACCUGAUGGUAAAGAGGUCAGCCCAGAAAUUAAGGUUGAAAUCCUGCCAGAAGAGCCCACCGCCACCGCGCCCUAUGAGGGGACCUGGUAUGAUGAUUACGACGAGUACGGGAUGAAGAGAAAAGAAGACGAGACUGAUGAAAAGUGGAUGGAAAAAGAGCGAGAAAGAGCAGCCAAAGAGAGGGAGAGGGAAGAAAGAGAGAGAGCGCAGAAGCUAAAGGAGGCAGAGGAGAGAGCCAGGAACAGGCCACGUGUCUUCAAAGAGCCAAAGAAGUGUCCUCCCCUGGGGAUGGAGUCUCACAAGGUCGAGCCAGAUCAGCUUUCAGCCUCUUCUAUGUCUCAGUAUCACUUUGCACCUCAGAGGGCGCGCCUAAACAUGCAGGGCUCCGAUGAUGAGGAAAACAUAAGAGGUGGAGCGUGGUGUGCAAAUUCAGAGGAUGCUAUCCACUGGUUUGAGAUAGAUGCUCGCAGGGCGACAGAGUUCACCGGAGUCAUUACUCAGGGACGGGACUCCUUAAAUGACAAUGACUACGUGACGUCCUACUUCCUGGCUUUCAGCAAUGACAGCAGAGAGUGGACCACCAUUCACGAUGGAUACGCCGACUGGUUGUUUUUCGGAAAUAAUGAUAAGGACACCCCAGUGAUGAACCAGCUUGCGGUGCCCGUGGUGGCCCGCUACAUGCGAAUUAUCCCACAGAGCUGGAACGGCUCUCUUUGUAUGAGGCUGGAGGUCCUAGGCUGCCCCCUGCCUGAUCCAGUUAAUGUUCUGUACAAGCAAAAUGAGGUGACUCCCGUGGACUACUUGCAGUUCAAACACCACAGCUACUCGGAGAUGGUUGAUCUUAUGAAGUCAGUGAAUGAGGAGUGCCCUAACAUCACCACCAUCUACAGCCUGGGCCGCAGCUCCAAGGGACGGGAAAUUGUUGCCAUGAUAAUCUCUGGCAAUCCCACAGAGCACGAAAUAGGUGAGCCAGAGAUCCGCUUCACGGCAGGUCUCCAUGGAAAUGAGGCAGUGGGUCGGGAGAUGAUCCUGCUUCUCAUGCAGUACCUGUGCAAAGAGUAUAAAGACAGAAACCCCAGAGCCCAGCGCCUGGUGGAGGGAAUACGCAUCCACCUGGUGCCUUCGCUCAACCCUGACGGACAGGAGGAAGCUUUUGAAGCGGGAUCAGAGCUGAGCAGUUGGACCACCGGUCACUUCACCAAUGAGGGCUUUGACAUCUUCCAGAACUUCCCUGAUCUGAAUAGUAUCCUGUGGGAUGCUGAGGAUAAGGGCAUGGUGCCUAAACUCACCCCCAACCAUCAUGUGCCUAUACCAGAGCACUUUGAAGCUAAUAGUUCGAUUGCUGUGGAAACCAGGGCCAUAAUCUCCUGGAUGAAAAGCUAUCCAUUUGUGUUGGGUGCAAACUUCCAGGGUGGGGAGAGAAUUGUGGCCUAUCCUUAUGACAGCUUACGUCUCAACAAGCCUGCUGAGAGCCAGAAACCUCAGAGUCGCAAGAAGAGACAGUAUGAGGAUGAAGGUUUUGAUGUAUCUGAGUGGGGAAGGGGCUACCAUGAGGAGCCAGUGGAAGACUGGAGAAGCAGAGGGUAUGCAGAGCCAGAAGAGGAGUGGCGGGGCCAUGGAUUUGACCAUGGUCACGACACAGGCUAUGACCAUGGUCGCGACCCUGGGUACGACCAUGGUCGCGACACAGGCUAUGACCAUGGUCGCGACACAGGCUAUGACCAUGGUCGCGACCCUGGGUACGACCAUGGCUAUGACCCUGGGUACGACCAUGGCUACAAUCACGCGUACAACCAGGGUUAUGGGCACAGGGAGGAAGAAGACGAUGACAGAGGAAGAAGUGCAGGCUACCAUUAUGCUGAAUCUGAAGAUGAGCCCCGCGUGACUGCAGACGAAUCCCUCUUCAGGUGGCUAGCUAUCUCCUAUGCCUCCACACACCUGACCAUGACACACAGCCAUCACGGCUCCUGCCAAGGAGACACACCAGGAGGGGGUCUUGGAAUUGUCAACCGGGCCAAAUGGAAGCCAGUAACAGGCAGUAUGAAUGACUUUAGCUACCUGCACACCAACUGUUUGGAGCUGUCCAUUUUCCUGGGCUGUGAUAAGUUCCCUCAUCAGAGCGAGCUGGCGUAUGAGUGGGAGAAAAACAGAGAAGCAAUGCUCAUCUUCAUGGAGCAGGUGCACCGCGGCAUUAGAGGGAUUGUGAAAGAUCAGCAGGGGAACCCUAUUGCAAACGCUACUGUAUCUAUCGAGGGGAUAAAUCACGACGUGACCACAGCACCAACGGGGGAUUAUUGGCGUCUGCUUAACCCCGGGGAGUACCGCGUGACGGCUCGAGCUGAGGGCUUCUCCUCGUUGACCAAACUCUGUGUGGUGGGCUAUGAGUCGGGUGCGACUGCCUGCAGCUUCAACCUGGCCAAGUCCAACUGGGACCGCAUUAAACAGAUUAUGGCCCUCCACGGCAACAAGCCAAUUCGAAUUGCCUACAGCAAUAGCAGAGUACAGUACACCACAGUCAACAAUGGCCACAGGAGUGUGAUCGGUGCCAGUAAUGGGUCUUCCACAAAUUCUCGACUCAGUCCUGAGCAGCGACGGAAGCGCAAGAUCGCUCUCAUCCGUCGUCUUCGCCAGCGGAAGUUAAUGAAGGCCAUGUCGAUGAGAACGACGUUACCCCCUACAACAACCACAACCACAAUUCCCACAACAACAGAGGCCACCACAUCCUGGUAUGAAUCUUGGGUCUGGGGAGAGGGACAGUCCUCAACUCCUGGCGGCUUCACAGACUCCAUCAUGGACUAUGACUACAAGAUCAGUGACUAUUAAAGAAAACACAAGUGGCUUGUUUCAAGUAAACCACCGUCCUCUCUUAACUGUAGUUCACGUUGCCGUGUUGUACUUAGAGCUGGCUGAAGAAUCAAAUUAGGGCUCUCGUCUUUGUACGACGUAAGCAAUGGGAAUGUACAGAAUAUCAGCUAUAUUAAAAUAGUACAUCUGUUAAUCAACAUUUGAAAUAAGGUCUCUUCACAGAAAUGGAACCAUUUUAGAUUUUUUUUCCCCAAAGAUCACACUUCAUUAUUCUCUGACUCGUUCAAUCACUUCUACGAAUGCUUCGUGAAAAGAAGUUUAUUGUGGAUGCACAUAAAAAAAACUGUUAUUUACACGAUCUUCACAUAUGGCAGAAAUAUUUUUAGUGUGAACAUUCAGUAAAUGUGGGAGAACUUGGUAACAGAUGAAGGAGUACAGAGGUUUUUAUCAUGUUUUCUCAGACACAGAUGGGUUAGAAGAGUUAUUUUUCAAAUAAAGGCUUCUUAUUAAACCA